AUGACACGAACAGACCCACCUGACAUCCUGGUGUCUACGGUGUACCAAGACAUAAAGGUGGCCACCGCAGCCCCCAGGGAUUCGAUUGUCUGCCAGCCCUUGGCACAAUGUGACGCCUCCAUGUCCUCAUCCCUGACCCACGAGCCGCAGCCCUUCAACAAGCGCCACUGCAGGAGCUUCGACUUCCUCGAGUCGCUGGACGAGCAGCUGGGCACCCCCCUGGCCAUGGAGCGCCCCUGCCCGCGCCCUGGCACCCCCGAGCCCACACCAGGGCUGCCGGGCAGGCGGGUGCCACCAAAGCCGGACCCUUAUGCUGGCAGAGCCCCACUGCCAAGGAGCGAGCCGAAGCGACGUGCCCGCUCGAAGAGCGCACCGCGGGUGAAGUCCACCUUCACCCCGGUGCCAAUCAGUGUCUCGGCGUCGCCACCGCCGGCCCGGCGUGGGCGGGAGGCGCUGCGGGUGGCCCGGGAGCCCUCCCGCCCCGAGCCCUCGCCGCGCCGCGAGAGCCAGGUUCCCCUGCGGGCGCUGGCUAACGAGGUGCACCCCAUCAAGCUGCAGCCGCAGCGCAGCAGCAUCAGCCGCAUCUCCCCACUCUGCCUGGGCAGCAACUGCUUCGAGGAGGGGCCGGGCGCCAAGGUGGGCGCCAGCCCCCACGUCAAGUGCCGAGUGGACAUCAAGCCGGACGAGGCGGUGCUGGUGCAUGCCGCACGCAGCCUGCGGGCAGCCCAGAGCCGGCAGGAACCGCCACGCUGGCCCCGUGCACCUGGGGCUGCCCGCAGCCUGGCGGUGCCAGGGAGCAGGCAGGCAUCCGCGUCCCGCACGCCCACCCCCAGCGACUCCUACAGUGGAGACCCCCCGUUCCUGCCCUACCCCAGCGAGUACUACGAGGCUGACCCCCGGGCGCUGGCAUACCAGACGGUGCCGGUGCCGGCCUCGCGGGACUUCAGGGAGUACCCCGAGAGGGGCUGCAUGACCUUCUCGGCCCCUGGCGUCCCCGCCAAGUUCUUCUACGCAGAGGAGCCGGUGCGGUGCCCCAGCCCUGCCAUGCCCCUCCGCAGCUCCGGCUAUGCCAGCUACCCCUACCCCGGCCGCCAUCCCAUCCCCCAGCACUUUUACGCCGAGGACCCAGCCAAAACUGCCAUCCACACGGUGCCACCCCGGACGUUGUACGUGGAGGAGGCGCGGGGCUACCCAGUGCAGGAGGCGCCUGCCCGUGCCUUCUACGGGGAUGAGCCCCGCUUUUAUGCCCCCCGCGGCACCCCUGUCAAAACCCUCUAUGCCGAGGAUGCCCGCACGUACCCGGCCCUCGGCUCCUCUUCCCGGGUCUUCUACACCGAGGACUACGGGAAGUACCGGGAGCGGGAGAUGCUGUCGCGGACGUGCCCUCCACCCCGCAGCACCCAGCCCUUGCACUUCAGUGACUGGUACUGCCCUGAGCGGAGCGCGCUGCCCUACCAGACCUUGCAAGUGUCGCGCUUCGCCCCGCAACCGCCUGGGCGUGAGGCCAUGGUCUCCUCCUGGCAUGCCAGCUAUGGCGUAACCCCACCGCGGCUGGGCCGGGAAAGCCAGCACUACUCCAAAUCCUGGGAUAACAUCCUGGCGCCGGUGGCACGCAGGGAGGAGGUCCUGCAGCGCGGGCGCAGCUAUGAGAACCUGCUCGCCCAGGAGCAGCACCGUGCCUUAUCCCCUGAGGAGCGCCGGCAGCCAGUGGUGAUCAACCUGUCGAGCUCACCCAAGCGCUACGCUGCCCUGUCCCUCUCGGAGAGCUCCAUCCUUGAGAGGGUGCACGCUGAUGGUGGCCGAGGCCCCCUGGGCCGCUCCUGGUACGUCACACCGGAGAUCACCAUCACCGACAACGACAUCCGUGCCGACGGGCUGGGCAGGAGCGAGAGGCGCUCGGCCAGCUGGGAUGUGCUGGACGGGGGGCGAGAGCGUGGUCCCUACGCCGUGCCCUGCACCCCACAGCCCGUCCCCAGGGAGAGCGGCUCGGGGCGCCAGCGCAGCCUGGAGCAGCUGGACGAGCUCAUCACUGACCUCGUCAUUGACUACAAGCCAGCACCAGACCAUCGUGCCGGGGACAGGGACAGCCUCGCUGAGCAACUCAAGCAGCUUCUGAGCAGCAGCGCCCCGGGGCCCCCCCGGCGGGGUGAGGGCAGGAGGGUCCCCCCUGGCGUGCCUGAGGGACCCCGACCCACAAAGGAGCAGCCGGGUCCCAGCUCCCGUGCCAGCAACUGCUCGCCUGACCUGAGUGCGGAGGAGGACGACAUGAUGAUGUGCUCCAACGCCAAGUGCCGGCGGACGGAGACCAUGUUCAACGCCUGCCUCUACUUCAAGUCGUGCCACAGUUGCUACACCUACUACUGCUCCCGGCACUGCCGCCGCGAGGACUGGGACACACACAAGGAGAGCUGUGUCUACGGGCGCGUGGGCAGUGUCUGCCGCCACGUCCUGCAGUUCUGCCGGGAGAAUGCCGAGGUGCACAAGGCCUUCUCGCGCAUUGCCAAGGUGGGCUACCUCUCCCGUGGCCGUGGCGUCCUCUUCCUGGGCUUCCCGAACGCCGGCUCGGCCGAGAACUUCCUCCAGUUUGGGCUGGAGAGCCUGCUGAUGUCCCCCACCUACCUGUCCCUGCGGGAGCUGGAGAGCUACUCGGACAACCUGGGGGAGUACGCCCGGGAGCUGCGGGAGACAGGCAACCAGUAUGACCCUGACGAAUGUUUCCUCCUGAAUGUAACCGUGGCUGUCACCCAAAAAGUGCCAGAGAGGCCGUCACCGAAGAUGCAGGUGCCGACGGUCAGGAAAUAUGCCAAGGUGGCCUUAGCCUCCUCCAGCCCUGAGAAGAAAAUCCUGAAGAAGGAGCGGGACAUGGAGACGUUGAUCCUGACACCCCCACCCGGCACAGCAGACAUUGACAAGGAGGGGGAGGAGGGCCGCAAGGCACGGGAGGUCUGCUUCAUCAACAUCCAGCGGGAGCUGCGCAUCCGUGGCGUCUUCCUGCGGCAUGAGUUCCCCGCCGUCUAUGAGCAGCUCUGCGACUUUGUGGAGAGCAACAAGCGCUUCACCCCCACCACCAUCUACCCCAUCGACAAGAGGACAGGCAAACAGUUCAUGUGCAUGAUCAUGGCAGCCUCCGAGCCCCGCACCCUCGACUGGGUGGCCAGCCCCAACCUCCUGGAUGACAUCAUGUGAACGUGGAGUGGGGAGCCCUCCCCCAGCACCCCUGGGUCACUCCCCUUUGUAGAUAGGUGUUGCCCUGUCUGCAAGGUGGGACGG